GCGGCGGCAGCGGCAAGGGUUUGGGAGAAUCUGAACUCUGAAACGCUGGAUCUCCCUCCUUCGAGUUCGAGCCGGCGCAGAGGGCUGAGCGUCGCCGCCACCGCCGACGCCCGAGUUUGCUGACCGCCUCCAGCCCUCCCUCCACCUCAGGUAAAAGCGCCGCCGCGAGCAGCCCCGGGCCGGGAGCGAGCGCGCGGGCGCGGAGGUCAGUCGGAGGCACGCGCCGUCAGUUGGGUUCAACUUUCCUGGUCCCCACCAGUCAGAUGCUCAACGAGCAAAACGUGAAUUGGCACAGUUGUCCGGAAAAAAAUUCUGUGCAUCCGAGGUGUAAAAGGACCCGUGUGCAGCGCCGCAAUCCGAAGAAGCGAAGCAACCAACCCCCAAAAUCUUCGACGCCAUCGCCACUGCGACAUGCCCGUCCCGCACCUCCUCUCGCCGCUUUCCCUACCCUGCCCGCUGCCGUCCCUCCUCCGCAACGGAGCGCCAUGGCGAUGCCCGACGCUACUCCGUGCCGUUCUACAGGUCCCGCCUCCGGCUCCGCUUCACCUGGGGCUCGCCGUGGCCCGUGGCGAUGGCGGGAGGCGGUUCGUCGGGACGUUGGGCUCGAAGAGAGCGCGAGCGGCUGGUGCGGUUAGGGUUUCUGCGAUGUCCGGAGACGGUGGUGGCGGUGCUGGUAGUACGGGGAUCGCGGCGGCAGCGGCCGCCACUGUGGUCUUUGCUGUGAUGAACCGGGUGCUCUACAAGCUGGCGCUCGUGCCAAUGAAGGAUUACCCCUUCUUCCUCGCCCAGUUCGCCACAUUUGGGUACGUCCUAGUGUAUUUCUCAAUUCUCUUCAUAAGGUUUCGCGCUGGGAUUGUCACUAGAGAAAUGUUAGCACUUCCAAAGUCACAGUUCAUGCUAAUUGGUUUACUGGAAGCGCUAGGUGCUGCUUCAGGCAUGGCUGCUGCUGCUAUGUUGCCUGGGCCAUCUAUUCCAGUGUUGUCACAGUCUUUUCUGGUUUGGCAGCUUAUCUUAUCUGUCCUCAUCUUGGGAAGGAAAUAUAGAGCAAAUCAGAUCCUUGGCUGCUUGCUUGUUACGACUGGAGUAAUUCUAGCAGUGGCUGGUGGAGCCAGUGAUGGUCUGAUUCUCUCUGAAGUCAAAUUCUUUUGGCCAGCAGUAAUGAUGACUUCAGCUGCAUUUCAAGCUGCUGCUUCCAUUAUCAAGGAGUUUGUUUUCAUUGAUGGUGCAAAACGUCUUGAGGGAAAGCGGCCUGAUAUAUUUGUAGUCAACUCUUUUGGUUCAGGUUUCCAGGCUCUUUUCAUUUUCCUACUACUUCCAUUUCUCUCUAACUUGAAAGGGAUUCCUUUUGCUCAACUCCCUGCAUACCUAAACCGUGGUGCUGCAUGCUUUCUGAAUGUUGGAGGGAACCUGAAGGAUUGCCAUGGAGCUCCUUUGCUACCACUUCUGUACAUAACUCUGAACAUGGCCUUCAACAUUUCUAUCCUUAAUCUUGUGAAGAUGUCUACAGCAGUGGUUGCUUCACUAACAUCAACUUUAGCAGUACCUCUUUCCAUCUAUAUCCUGUCGCUGCCUCUGCCGUAUCUACCCGAAGGAACAGAUUUGAGCACAUCUUUUUUGAUUGGUGUUGCUACCUUAGUGCUCGGACUGCUUCUAUACAAUCUUCCUCAAAAAUCAACCAAUCAAGUAAAGAAAGAUUAAUCUAAACCCAUAUCAGAUAUAAGGAUGACAGGAAGCUAUUGGUGCUCCACUAGGAAAAGGAGCUGCAUUUUGUUGACAGUGGCUGCACAAUUUGGCACAGAACUUAUGAAGAGCAGUGUUCUUCUGCUACAAACAUUUGAGGCACCAGCUGACUUAAAGGCUUUGAAACAGCAAGUUCUCGUUUCAUCUUUUAACAAAAUCCUAAUGGAUUAUGCAGCUAUCUUUUAACUCCACUUGAGCGAAUGUAACUGCCAACUAGUUUCAGACGAGUAAGGGCUUCACAAAUACAUUGGUCGUAUAAUUGUUGUCACUAUUUUUUUUGGUUAAUUCAAGACUAACAUGCCUAAGUUCAUACUUCAUAGGAUUUAUUAUGUAAAUAUAAGUAUGUUCUUUUUCAUUAUAAA